AGUAGUCGAAUUCCACCGCUCGAAGGCAUCGUCGAUGCAGCAAGUCGAGGAACCAGAGCUCGUGUCGGCGUUCCCAGCGCCGCCGGUCUUCUUCAGCUUGUACACAGAUGGGGCCGAUGCAGGGCCAACUCCUCCUCCUCCUCUGAAACCUACGUACCACUCGUUUGGGACGCCGUACAGCACGGAGGAUGCUGUACCUGAUCUCCUGCCCGACGAUAAGAAGGUCUACCCGAAAGACUACAACGUGAAAGAUGAAAUGAAAAAAGUGAAUCGCUCGCUUAUGUACAGCUUCUUGGAAUUGAUCGACGUCCUCAUUCUCAACCCGACCAAGUUCAACGCCAAGCUGGACGACAUUGAACAGCUCUUCCUCAACAUGCACAACCUCAUCAACGCUUAUCGACCCCAUCAGGCCCGAGAAACACUCAUUGACCUGCUCAAGCAACAGAUCCAAGACCGAAGAGAUGCCUCGGCUGAAAUACGACAGUACGUUGGUCAUUUUGCUGGAAAUUCGAUUUGUGCUCUGUAUUCGUCUGUGUCGGCUUCAAAUGAAGGUGUGAUGCUUAACGUGACUACAGCAGCAUUUCUCCUUCGCCGCUAUUUUUCUCAUGAUGGAGCCACAUUGACUGACUUCUGUAACCUUUCCUCGUAAUAUUGCAGUGAUUUCGAGAUGUUGCUCCCGCGCUCAAUCGACUUCGUCGAUGCUGCGGCGGGAAAUCGUAUGUUGAUAUUGGAAAUGCAGCGCAUAUACAUAUCUGCUUUGAUCCGAUUUCUCUGGUGUCUGCUUGAUCCUGUUUUAAUCCUGUCACGAAAAUUCUUGCUGCAUGCUUGGCAUUAGAAUCGUGCAGAAUGCAAAGGAUGCUGUCCAGACCGCCCAUGCUGCACUCGAUACGUCUUUGGAUGUCAAAUGCGAUGAUCCCAUGGAUGGCACAACUCUUACCACGCCGUCCUCCACGUCCUCUGUCGCCACCCCUGGAAGUAGUGACAUGACAGCCGAAGAAGCAGCGGAUUUGGCGGCUGCCACCGCGCAUAACGAAGCGAGACAACGCACUCAAGACGACCAGGACCAAUUCUUUGCGACGUGUCAAGCGAUUGUGGACGCGAUGGCUGUUUCACACUCCCUUUAACCCAGCCAAACAUGAUUCUUUGUUCACA